AAAGUGCUGAAACGUUCUAUUUCCUUCUCGCCUGCAACCAGUACACUCCGUCCCGAGAAUUUUAGAUUGCAGCUUUACUCUACCCAAUGUGUGAACCCAGUAGGGCUUCCAUAGCCCAGAACAUGUCUUCCAUCUAUGGAGAGCAUUCAACUUUCCCUACAAAGGACAUGAAGCAAUCGGAAAGAAAAUGGACAGACAACUUGAACUCUACACCAUUCCACAGCACGCCAAAGUCGCUCUCCUACCCCACUCUACUCCCUCGGCACAGCAGCCCUGAACCCUCACCCCUGCAACCUGCUACCCCCAACAAGGAUUCGCCCCUGACUGGUGAGGCUCGCUAUGGCAGUGAGGAUAGGAAUGGGCUAGCUCUGAAGAAGAGCAGCAGCCCUAGUAAUAUCAGCUCCCUGUUGAGCCCUCAGAGAAUGCAGUCUUCCCCAGGAGCCUUCCUGCAAAGCUCCCUCUCAUCAAAGAAAAGCUAUACCUCGGACCUUGAGAACACCACCAUUCAGAAGCAGCGUCAGGAGCUGCAGCUUCUGAUACGUGAGCUACAGGACAGGGAUAGGGAGCUCAAUGAGAUGGUCGCCUCUCAUCAACGACAGCUCCUGGCGUGGGAGCAAGACAGACAAAAACUCCUGGGCCUCGAGACCAAGUCUGCCAGAUACGAAGGUGAGCUGAGGAAUCGGCGUGAGUACAUCAAGAGCCUGAAGACUAGGAUGAAGGUCCUUGGAUCUCAAGACCAAUCUAAAGCCUGUGCUCUGGAGACCAUGCAGCAGCAACUCAGACAGCUCUCCGACAGUGCCACCGCCAUCAAGCACCGUGCUAAAGAUGCAGAGGAGGAAAAUGCCAAACUAAAGACUGCUAUACACAAUCUAUCAGAGAAAGCAAAUCAUUUUGAAGCAAGAGAACAAGAGCUGACUGCUGUUGUCAGAUUAAAGGAUAAAGACCUUGUUGAUGCCUCUGCACAUAUUGCUGAACUGACUGGAAGACUGAAAAAGCUGGAUCUAGCACAUAGGGAAACUAAACAAGAGAAGCAGAAGGAGAAGAAGAAUGUGGUUGAGCUUAAGACCCAACUGGACGAGAGUUUCUCUGAAGUGGAACAACUCAAAUCUGAUCUUAUGGACCGUGCAAACAGAAGCACUGAGCACAGGAUUGAGAUCACUAAACUCCAGGAACAGGUCAAGAAUAUGGAGGCUGAGCUAGAACUCUCUGGGGAGAGAGAAAAGCGUAAGGAUCAACUCCUGGAUCUUCAGCGCUCCAAGCAGGACAGGACUGAUGCUGAACUGACCUCACUCAGGCAGGCAUACGAAAGACAACACAGGGAUCUCAGUCUGUUACAACUCAACAUGGAGAGUCAGAGAGACAGAGCAGAGGAAGCCAUCUCUAAGAUAUCUCUGGAAACCGACUCCAUCUUUGAUUCUAAGAGGACCUCACCGUCACCGACACAGACCAAGAACAAUCUCUCUGCAGCUUCCAUCAACUCCAUCAAUGGGGAAAGCCCCUUUGUGAGCAGUGCAGGAGAAGGGGGUGUGGCUCUCAACCACAGCAGUGUGGAUACUGAAGAGCUGCUUGAAACAACUCACUCCGAACAGCUUGGCAUGUCACCCACCAGCAAGCUCCACAGACUGCUGACAGAGUCCAGACAGAUGGUGGAGAACCUGGAACAGACUACACUACCUCCCUACAAAGCCAAGAGUAGCCCCAAGGCGGACCAGGUGAUAUGGCCUCGGUGACAGAGAGAGGGAGUGGGAGUGAAAGGAUAAUAGAGUGAGAGAGAGAUAGAGACAGAAAGAGGGAGAAAAUGAAAGAUAGACAGUGCCUUCCUUUAUAGCCAACAGUAGUCCACAGGGGGACCAGGUGAUAUGGCCUUGGUGACAGAGAGUGGGAGGUAGAGAGAGAGAGAGAGAGAGAAAAUAAAAGAUAGACUGUGCCUCCCUUUAUAGCUAACAGUAGCCCACAGGGGGACCAUGUGAUAUGGCCUCAAUGAAUGAGAGUGAAUAAGGAGAUAAAGAGAGAGAGAGAGAGUUGCAUAGAAGUGUGAGAGAGCAAUGUAUUUAUUCAUUUAAAUUGUAGACCCCACAGCUUGUGAACAUUCUAUUACAGAUCAUCAUAAGAUGGUUCAGAGAGACAAAUCUUCAAAAACACAACAUUCUAUCUUACACACAUUAGGCUGUGAGCUGUUUUCAAAAGAAAAUCCUUCCAACUUUCAAACUAAAUAAGAUGAAUACUGCAACAGUAUUCAGUGAGAUGGACUACCAUUUGUAAUAUCGCGCCUGUAUCUUUCUCCACACUAUCUGGACUUAGUUCACUCCAUGUAACCUCAUCGAGAUCUGCUGAGCUCAGCUACUAAGUUUAGGAACAGAUAUCUGAUAUUUGAGUGGAUGAAAUCCUCUGUGUUCUUUGAGAUUUGAGUCAACCUCACCAGGGUUUUAUUGUAUUUGUAUUUUGUAUUUAUUAACAUUUGUUUCCUUCUCUACAUUACAAUAUGAAACGCAAUGUAUAUAUAAAUUAUAUAUGUAACAAGGAUUUCAACAUGAGUAUACAGUAAAUAUUUCAGAUAACAGAAAGAGGCGAAACCUGAAACAAACAACUGAUUACCUCCAUUGUCAAGGGUGACCAUUGAGGCAAGUCCAAACAAAAGAAAAAGGACAAUAGUAGCUUCAAUAGAGAAAUCCUUUGUAGCUAGAAUGAGUGAGUC